AUGUCUUUAUCCUUUCUUUUGGCUAUGUUACGUGGUAACUUUGGUUUAACAUCUAGGAUUCUUAAAUGUGAAUUUUCAGGUUUCGGUUUAGGCUUCUUGGUUUUGAUAAUCGGCAUUAAUUGGUUAUACUUCAUCAUCCAGAAGAGGAACCUCAUGAAACUACGAGAAAAGUUUUUCGAGCAAAAUGGUGGUUUCUUAUUGAAGCAACAACUUUCUUCUAAUGAGACUACUAUAGAAUCAACUAAAAUAUUUUCUGCAAAAGAGCUUGAGAAGGCCACCAACAACUAUUCCAAUGAUCGCAUCCUCGGCCGAGGGGGUUAUGGAACAGUUUACAGGGGGAUACUGAGAGAUAAACGUAUUGUUGCAAUCAAGAAAUCCAUAAUAAUGGAUCAUAGCCAAAUAGAGGUUUUCAUCAAUGAGGUGGUUAUUUUGACUCAGGUUAACCACAGAAAUGUAGUCAAAUUAUUGGGAUGUUGUUUGGAAACUGAAGUACCUUUGUUAGUAUAUGAAUAUGUCUCAAACAAUACCCUAUUUUACCAUAUCCAAAACAGUGGGGACAUGCCCUGGUUUUCUUGGGAAAAUCGGCUGAGGAUUGCUACAGAGGCUGCCAGUGCACUUGCCUAUCUUCACUCUUCAGCAGCAAUGCCUAUUAUUCAUAGAGAUGUUAAGUCUGCCAACAUAUUGUUGGAUGAGUAUUAUACUGCAAAAAUAGCAGAUUUUGGAGCUUCAAGACUCAUCCCUAUUGAUCGGACACAAGUGACCACUCUUGUACAGGGAACUCUGGGUUAUCUUGAUCCCGAGUAUUUCCAAACAAGCCAAUUGAGAGAGAAAAGUGAUGUUUAUAGCUUCGGAGUGGUCUUGGCUGAGCUCCUCACGGGGAGAAAACCUCUGUGUAUUCAAAAGAGUGAAGAAGAGAUGAACCUAUCUACUUACUUUGUAAUGUUCGUGACAAAAAAUCGCCUGUUCCAAAUUAUUGAGCCAAGAAUUUUAAAGGAAGGGAGUUUGGAGCAAAUUAGCGCAGUGGCUGCGAUUGUUAAAAGAUGUCUCGAGUUAAAAGGUGAAGAAAGGCCAACUAUGAAAGAAGUGAUGAUGGAACUGGAGGGGUUAAGAAAGUAUAAUUUACAGUCCCACAAACAAGAAGAGAUAAUACCUGAUAGAAACAUGAGAUUAACCAGUGAGCAGCACCCUGAUCUAUAUCCAGUAUAAAUGGAUUGGACAACAGCUUGAUCAGUGCAAUUAGUAGCCCUCGCUAAAUGGAACGAAACAAGGUUUUUCCUAUUAU